AUGCCAGACUCCCCAUCCUCGUCCCAAAAUUCCGAGGUCAACCGACUGAGCCCUGCCCGGGAAGAGGAGAAGAAGCACCCAUUCGGAGAUGGAACAAACCACGAGGAAGAUCCGUUUGGUGAUGAACAGAAUGGCGAAAUCAGAUACCGGACAAUGAAAUGGUGGCAAUGCGGAAUGAUCAUGAUUGCAGAAACCGUCUCUCUUGGGAUUCUGUCGCUCCCAUCCGCCGUUGCGGUGUUAGGCCUGGCUCCGGCUGUCAUUCUGAUAGUUGGACUCGGUGCUGUUGCAACCUGGACUGGCUACGUUAUUGGCAAAUUCAAGCUUCGAUAUCCGCAGGUGCAUAGUAUGGCGGAUGCUGGAGAGGUCCUCUUUGAGCCAAUCGGUUUGGGCAAGUUCGGUCGGGAGUUCCUCGGAACGGCUCAACUGCUGUUUCUGAUAUUUGUGAUGGGAAGUCACCUCUUGACUUUCACGGUGAUGAUGGAUACACUGACAGACCAUGGCACCUGUUCGAUUGUGUUUGGAAUUGUCGGCCUGAUAGUCUCAUUUAUCUUUGCCUUGCCUCGAACACUUCUCAAGGUGUCAUGGCUUUCUAUUGCAUGUAUGUGUCUUUCUUCAACUCGGUUUUCAAAUUAUUUACACUUGCAACGCAGCGUUCGUCAGUAUCAUCGGUGCGCUACUGGUCACUAUGAUCGCUAUCGCGAUUCAGCGCCCGGGAAACGGCAAGAUCGAGGCGACGACAACGACCAGUCUCUCAUCAGCGUUCUUGGCCGUAACCAACAUUGUAUUUGCAUAUGGUGGGUUCUGAUUCAUCCCCGGGAGAAAGGAAUGCAGCUCAUAAACCUCCAAGCGGGUCAUGUCGCCUUUUUCGGAUUCAUAUCGGAGAUGGAAACCCCAACAGACUACCCAAAGACUUUAUACUUGCUACAAAUCACAGAUACUAGCAUGUAUGCUGUAGCUGCCAUUGUCAUAUACAUCUACGGCGGCAAGGGUGUGCACUCACCGGCACUGAGUUCCACCAAACUUAUCACCGCCAAAGUCGCAUACGGGAUCGCCAUCCCUACGAUCGUUAUCGCCGGUGUCAUCAAUGGACACGUUGCGGCAAAGUAUGUGUAUGUCCGACUCUUCCGGGGUACUGAUCAUAUGCAAAAGCGGACGUUUCUCGCGGUGGGAUCCUGGGUUACUAUCACACUGGUUCUAUGGGUUAUAGCCUGGAUUAUCUCCGAAGCUAUCCCUGUAUUCAACAAUUUGUUGAGUCUGAUCAGGUACUCAAACUUCGCUUUCGACGACUGA